AUGGGAACUCGAGGAUCCAUGUUUAGCGCUUCAAUGGUAAAAUCUUGCGUAGUUUUGAUGCAAGAAAGUGUAAUCAAGUGUCUUAUUCAAUUCUGCCUUCUUUAUUUUAUACUUUCUCUUGUUUCAGCCGACCCGCUCUUCUCUGAAGGUCACCAACACCCUUCAAGAAAGGGUUCGUCGAUGCACAACCAUUGAUGGAAUCCUCAACGUGCUCAACGUUCGCCACCAAGGUGGUGAAGAGUCGACGGAGGCCUUGAAGAUGCUUACACCCAGGGAAUUCUUCCACUUGACCGUGAUGGAUCUCCGAGAGCUCGAGUUUUCAGAUCAGGACAUCGACAAGAUUAUGAAGGCAACUACGGAUACCUCACAGAAGGUAAGAUUUUAUAUGUUGUGUUAUGAUUGUUAGGUCUCUAUUGAGAUUAAAAUUUUUUUUUCUCUGUUCGGCUGAAAUUGGGCAUUUGAUAUCAGGUGCAAUAUAAUUAUGUUUUGUCCAGAAAUUGCGAUGUUUUGAUUGGAAGGUUUAUGCAACAGAGACGUUGAAUACUACGUAUCAUUUUGUAAUUCCUAACGUCUGCUUUGUUUUUCACAACGUGGCACUUCUACCUAAAACAAUAUAAAAACUGAAGUUGCUCUCGUUUUCUGUUAAUAUGGUUGUUGCCUACAUGAUUGUGUUUCAGCCGAAGCUGGCUGUUUAUCCUCAACGACGUCUCAGUUUCGCGGAUUCGCUGACCGUACAUCAGAUCUCUCCCAAUGCCUCUUCCAAUUCCUUUUCCUCCUCCAGUUUCAGCAACAGUACCGCUAGCUUUGAGAGUAGCCGGCCCAGUAUGAUGGCUGGAACUCCGAUUAGAAGGAAUUCAAAGGAGGACAAGUUGGUGAGUCUUCUUUUUUGAUUUUUGUGAUAUUCAAUAUCAUGAAAACAAUUAUUUUUGCAUUUUUAGCCCGAAAAUUCGACUCCAAAGGCCACAAUCCAGAAUCUUAUCAAAUUUUUCAACAAUCCGGACUCCAAGCCCUGCUAUCCAACGAAUCCGCCAAUCAAAGCGCGUCCCAAAUUCCGUUCCGAGUCCUUUUCUCACACUCAUUAUGGUGGCGCUGGCUGGAAAGAUGAUGACGAUUCUUCUUGA